CAACACAGGAAGACCACCUUAUAGUUUCAGAGCGUUAUAGCACACAGGCAUUGGUUCAGUUUUACCAAAGACGGACAAGAAUGGCAGUUCUUUGCCGCGUUUUGAUAGUGCUUUGUUUUGUAUUCACUACAAGUAAAGCAAGUGUCGACGUUCGUGUGAUUGAUGGCUUCCAUGGUGRUAUACCAUAUGAUGGAGCUGUUCUCCGUGAUGACUACCAUUAUGAUAGCAUCCACGAAGAUUUCAGUUUUCAAGAUGAUUUCUUAGCUGGAGCAGCUCAAUCCCACCGCAAGCGAAGGAGCAUUGGUGGUAUGGGGGUACAGGGCCUCUCGGCCAGCCAGACCUGUGACGGAAUUACAUUAGAAUGGCUACCAUCAGGAUUACCAUACAGCCCCAAUUAUCCAUACAAUCAUUCAGAGUUCAAGCACUACAAUGUCUACCGUAGUAAUGUAUUCUUUAAAGACGUCACGGGGAUGACUCCACACGCUUCCGGUUUAACAGACCCUAAAYUACGUCAUACCGAGACAAGUGAGUGGGUGGACMGCUGGCCUACUGGCAUGGUAGACUGGUUUUAUGCUGUGACUAUUGUAGAUGGAAAAGGAAAAGAAGACAAGAGUGUCACCGUUGUUAAGGCGAAGUUCAUUGGGGCCUUUGMGAAGAAWGGCAAACCGUUUUUGAUGAUCCCAUCCAUGUUACGUGGUCGUGCCAUGCAUCAYAGYGUGGUAUUCAACGAUAAGCGAAACGAGUAUUUUGUGGCUUUUGACUGGGAUGCCAACUAUGAUGGUAUAGCUGACCAUAUUUAUGCUCUACGAUUGAACCAAGCUGCACGUAUUGUAGACAAGACAGUGUUAAAUAUCACUGCUACUCUACCAGGUUGGAUAGGAGGUGAUCAAGGGUGGCCGUCAGCAGCRUWUAAUCCAUCCAGUAAUGAAUAUCUGGUAAUAUUUCAUUUACGAUCGCUACGUCAYUUYGGUAGCAAUUACAUAAUCAUUGGUCAGCGGUUAUUUGCUACAAAGACUGAGAGGUCAGCUUCACCAGCAAUUGUGGCAAGGUUUGACGGGAACAUUGAUGCAAAAAAACCUAAGCUCCUUUACAAUCCUAAAACUGGUAUGACAUCAACAAUAAAUAACAUUAUCCUAUCGUAAUAUUACUGYUGCUAUCCAGGAGUGCGAUAUAAAUCUUUUUUCGUUUUUUGUUUGUUUGUUUGUUUUUUGUUUUUUUGUAGUUGUUAAAAUUCGUUGCCUGUGUUUGGCUAUAGCGAUACUCAAUGUUUUUAUUAUCAUAAUGUGCCAACCAUGAUCAGAAUGGCUUUUCACAAGUUGCUUUGUUCUAACAUCCAAUCGUCUACUGGUUGGCACAUGAAUAACACGUCAUAUUGAGUAUUUCUAUAUAUAAACAGAAGACGAACGUGAUAAAGACGCAAGACUUUUGGAAAAUUGGCGCCCAAUUAGUCUUAUAAAUGUUGAUGUUAAAAUAUGUAGUAAAGCACUCAGUGAUAGAUUAAUUAACAUUUUGCCGAAAAUUAUCCAUCCAAAUCAAGCAGCUUUCGUAAAGGGAAGAAACAUCCAAGAGCCUUUAAGAUAUAUAUCGGACUUGUUUGAUUAUUCAGCUGAACACAAUAAAUCGUAUAUACUUUUUGCUGCA